AUGGCGUCUACCGAAGCACAAGUUGCAACUUUGCUAACCAUUGCCUCAGAUGCCCACGCACAACCGAAGCAACGCUUGGAAGCGCUUAAUGCCUUUGAGCAAUUGGUAGAAGGACGAGGCGACCUUGUUGAACAUCAGACUACCGUAGCUCUGAGUUUUGUCAGUGUCCCUAACCCUGACAUACAGAAGUGGGCUGUCGGAUUUAUAGAAUGUCGAUCUGGUAUCGAUGCAGUCCAACAUUGGGAUACUAUGAAAAAGAUAAAGGAAAAGAUUACAUCUUUUUUGGAAAUGUCUAACACAAAUUAUGGCAUAAAGACUCGCGUUGUCAAGUUUUUACAAACUAUCGUCAUUGUUCAAUCGCGGCAUGUCAAAGAUUCGAUGACAAAGCGAUACGAGGAUAUCUCUCUAUCUCUCUGUCCUCCAUCGCACCCGUUCUUGGACCCAACAGAACUAGAGCAAGAAGCAAUAUCCAUUCUGAAUGCAUUGAUGAUGCUUUUGCGCAGAGAAUCAGGUAGCACAAUUACUGCGAUCGUGAACGCAAUGGGUCCUUUAUUACGCACGCGACCUCAGUAUAUUCAAUCUAUCGCAAAUGCCUUUGCAACAUGGCAUAAUGUUCCUUCUGAUCAUCUUACAGAUGACCAGAUAAGGAGCAUUCUAAAAUGUAUGCGAAUACAAUUGAUAUCCUUCUUAAGGGCUUUUCCCUACUCGUCAUUCGCGUUGUUCGUUUUCGAUACUUUACUGGAACUAGGGGGAAGGCAGGAGGUUACUAUUAUGCCAAAACAAUUUAGAACACUCUUGGCGCAGCGGGAUUCCGCCGAAGAUGUUGCACGUAAUAAUCUAAAGCGAAUUGGUGUAUACAAUGGCGAAUCAUCAAAGAGACCGAGACUCGAUGAAAACAAUGGCAUAGGAUCAAGCGCUGCCGAUGCUCUCUCACAAUUCGACGUUACGCAGUUUCCGUUGCCUUUUGUCGUAGAGAUUAUACUAGCGACAUUACAGAACAUAUCACUAGAUAGGCUUAAGCAAGCUAUAAUGCAUCCAACUCCAGCCCCCUCACGCAUACAUGCACAAGUUAAUAACACAAAGCGUCAAACUCCAAGGCGCGAUGCGCGACUCCGAGAUCCACGUUUGCGAGUGUCGCGUGUUGAUUUGUUCCCCCCCACUCCUGCGGAAGUCGUCAACCCUGCCGUCAAGAUUGAGUCAAUGGAAACAGAGGAUUUAAAAUCAUCGUUUAUUGAACAGGAAACUCCUGAUCAGCAAAACACUUCAGUGGCUAUCGAGUGCAAAAUGCAGCAUGGUGAUGAGUCGAUAUCAUUGGGUAUGUCGCCUGAUGCAUCGGAAUCCCAACCAAGCACUCCCGAACGGCCAAUGCUGACAUUUAGAAUCCAACCUUUUACACUUCCUCAACCCGUUUCACUCGCACCCACUCAAUGUCGUUCGCUGAUGCGCAUGCGGUUAUCAAAGAUAUUCGAUGCGGAAGAAGUUCUUUCGGAUAAAAUGGAAGAUAUGCAAUCGAGUUCUUACGUUCCAUCUGUCGGUUAUAGUAUGACCAAAUCUCAGUGGAUGAUAAUUGUCUCUAGGUUGCUUACCCGGGGUCUCAGUACUGAUUGGGAAUAUAGCUGGCGGAUACGAGAAAUGGAUAAUGAGCGCGAUAUUAAGAUGAGCGAUAGGAGUGAAGCAAACGGAGAGUGUGAGGAAAGUGAGACGAUUAAUGAGGAGGAGGAUGAGGAGACGAUUAAGAACAUUGAGGAGAAAAAAGAAAAUUUGGAGAACGUCGAAAAUGUCGAAAAUAACGUAAGGAACGAGGAUAGUGAGGAGAGUGAGGAGAGUGCGCCUAAGGACGAUUCUAUGAGCAUUGUCAAAAGAGAGCCUGAAUAUAUUCCGAAUGAUGAGUCCAAUAACGCAAUGAUGAUCGAGGAGGAAAAUGUGGAACGCGAGAUGCGUUCCAAUGAAUUAAGAGAGAUUAUGGUGAGAUAUAUACUAGAAAAUUUCGAAGAAAGGAUGGAAUUAGCGUUAACGUGGCUCUAUGAAGAAUGGUAUCAUGAUGAGAUUAUGCGACAAGCCAUACCAAACUACAGUCCCAAUUAUCCAAUAUGGUUCCGACGGCUGUUGGAUAGUGUCAUGCCCUUGUUAGAGCGCAAAGAUAAAGCAUUUACAAAGUUUUUACUAGAUGCACCAGAAUUGCUCGAAGAUAUUGUUGAUAGGAUAAAAAUAUAUUGCAAUGAUCCUGACAGAAUGCAACUAGGUUUCUCGACACUUCAAGAUUUAAUUAACUUGCGCCCACCCACGAGGCCUUUCUGCCUGAAAAUAUUAUUGCUUUAUUGCAUACAUAAUGAUAAGAUAACAAGAUCGUCUGCCAUAAUAACAGUGAAAAGAUGGGUACCGGACCAUCCCCAAGUAGCUAGUGAAGUCGAAACGUUUGCAAAAGAGUCUCUUAACGCUCUUCGCAACGAGCGUUCACCACAACUGUAUGACUAUCAUUAUCAUGCUGGUAGCCAGUCAGUUAACGCAGAGAUGGCGAUAGAAAGUGAAGAGUCGACGAAACAGUCUGAGGAUGUGAAAUGGACAGAAGCAGAUGCACUCAGGCAUAUGGAAUUGUUCUUUGGCCUCUGCUCUAAAAAGCACGAAUUGUUGAUUGAGCUCUUCUCAGUCUAUACUGACGCUGUACCAAAAAUUCAAAAGAUAAUACUCAAGAACAUCCAGCCGUUGAUUAAAUAUAUUGGAAUGAAUUCACCUAAAUUACUUAAUAUAAUCAAAAACUUCCCACAGGGUAGUGAGACUUUGGUGUUGCGAAUAUUAAUCAUCCUCACUGACACUUCGCGUCCAACAAGUAGACUAGUUAGCAUUGUGAAGACAUUAUUUACGCAGAAAAGAUUAGAUGCAAGGUGUCUUAUUCCAAUAAUAUCGGGUCUCGAGAAGGAUGAGAUUCUUCGCAAUCUUCCCAAGAUGCUCGAGUUGUUGGUAAAUACAGAGAAAGAGCAUAAACCAGUUAAAGAAUUGUUUUCUCGUAUAUUGUCGGCACCCCCAACAAAUGCAUCCAACGCGUCUUCAAAUGCGUCAAAGCCAUCGAUAUCAACAUCAGGCGCACAUGCAUUGUCCGCUCCGUUGACACCGCAAGAGUUACUUGUUGCUCUUCAUCAAAUGGAAGACAGUGUAGAGCUUAAAAAAUCUCGUGAAGCUAUAAGAAUUUGUUUCUCAAUGACAAACAUAUUUACAGAGAAGACAAUAGCAGGUUCACUACAGCAAAUGGCGGAUCAGACUAGCAUGCCUACUUUAUUUAUGUAUACGGUCAUACAGGCUGUUGCGAAAUAUCCAAAUCUUGCCAAAUACGUAAACAAUAUAUUGCCUCUGCAAAUGACAAAGAAGAUAUGGACGAAUUCGAUAUUAUGGAAAGGAUUCAUAAAAUACUGUACAGACAACCAACCCAGUUCUUUCAACGUUCUACUUCAAUUGCCUAAGGAGAAGUUAGAAGAUGUUUUAAAUCAAGAAGCUUCAUUAAAAUUACCGUUAAAGCUAUAUGUCGAGCGAACAUGGAACGAGACUCAGAGAAGAAACAGAAUGCCAUAUCUCGCUGGGUUGUUGGAGAUAAGCGGAUAA